ACGUGACCUGCUGGCGUCCAGCUUCCCCGCCGCGGAGCCGAUGGAGCCCUGCUAUCCCGCCAGCUCCAUCCUCAUGAAGGUGAACACCCUCCAGGGGAAGAAGAUGGUGGAGAGCGGCCUGCAGUCCGGGGACUUCUCCAUCCCCGCGCCGUGGCCUGGCUGCCCGCCGCUGCCCGCGGGCCUGGAGGUGCUGCCGCAGAAGGUGGCGGGCGUGCAGCGGGAGCUGGCGGACUUCAAGAAGGAGGCGCUGGCGGCCAUCCGCGGCCUGGAGGAGGCCCUCUGCCAGAUGAGCGGGGCCCUGGCGCAGCAGCGGGAGCAGGCGGCGCGCGUCAAGCAGCGGCUGCGGGAGGAGGAGGACCGCGGCGUGGUGCGCAACAAGGUGCUCACCUUCCUGCUGCCGCGCGAGAAGCAGCUGCGGGAGCACUGCCAGCGGCUGGAGUGCGCGCUGCUGGCCAGGGGCUGCGCGCCCGCCUCGCCCCGGAGCGGCCAGGCCCACUGAGGCCGCCUCUGCGACGGUCCCCCCACCCCCACUCCUCCAGGCCCAGCCGCCGGUGGAUUUAAUUUUCGCGCCAGGACAAGUCCUAACUAAGUCCCUCUCCGUUCGCUCCCCUGUCCCUCCUUCUCC